CACAACUACAAGAUGACGCUAUCUCUCGGCUUGCGUUUAAGGCAGCAGGAUCUUACUAGACAGGUUUCUCUCUCACUAGACCAUGUUCCAGUUAUAUCAAGGAUCAGUGAUCACGGCUGUUGUGUAAAUGAUAGUUCAUGCCUCCAUGGUUCAUACCGCUAGUAGAAGAUGGCAACACCAUAGAAAAUAUUUCACCAAUGGCGAGUUGGUACGGAUGCUAGGAGGUGACACCACGCAAGAAAACAUUUCACAAAUAGUCUCUGUUAAGUGGGUUAAGUGCCAUGUUAGUUGUCAGUAUUGAAAUAUCGUCGAGUUUCAGAGUCUGGUGAGCAAUAUAUUUAUCGCAGCCAUUAACUAUAAUAUGAUAGUAGGGAAAUCAAGAAGGCCGUGCAGAUUACAGAGGAUUUUUCAAAUUUCUCGAAGGUAAUGAAAUCAUUUCGAGAAUUAUUCUGAUGUGUACCCUCGUUGGCUGAAGAUUCUUUAGUCAACGCGCAAGAAAAAAAUACGGAAUUUGAGAGAUGCGAUGAACGCUCGAAAUUAACUAUGGAUGUUGUAAAUCCUACGCCGCAGGAUCUUCAGAGAAAGCUCUACUUUCUCGUUGAGCAAUUACAACACAUGGCCAGCGAAUUGCCUCCCAAAUACCAAAUGCGUCUACCGUAUGAACUUCUGUCUGGACUGGCAAAUUCUUUGUUAAACGAUACUAUAUUCGAAAUAGUCAAAGGGCUGAUGGAAAUUCAACACGUUACAGAAAAACACUUGUUUCAGCAGCGACUCCAGCUGUUAAAUCAACAAAAAAUUGAAGUUCAAGAGGCUUUAUCUAAUUUACAUGACGAAGAAAAAUGCGUCACAGCAAAAAUGAUUUUACAAAAGAAACACAAAGAGGAAUUGCGGCAAACUGAUAUGAAACUGGUUUUGCAAUUAGAUCAAAAAGUAUCUGACCAACAAGGCAUAUUAGAAAAAGCUGGCGUUCCUGGAUUCUACGUCACCAAUAACCCCACAGAAAUUCAAGUACAGAUGAGACUUUGCGACUUCAUAAUACGGCUCAGUAAAAUGGAAAUUCCAUGUUGAUCAUGCACAUACAAAUCUUAUCCUAUGUGUGGUGAACUAGCUUAUACUGCAAAUCACAAAUGACAAUUAUACAGUACAUCAAAGUGAUCAGUGACAAUUUUAAGAAAAAAUGCAAUCAGACUUGUUUCGAAUGUCAAGCUUGUAUUUCACAUACAGAUGCGAUGAAAAUAAAGUUGAAUAGAUUUCUUUCCCUAUAGAA